CUCAGGAUGGGACACUCAGUUGAGUUAUCUUUUUCCAGUAGUCAGUGCUGCUGACAGGAUUUUUCUGUGUCUUCAAGAUGGCUACCCCCCCACCCCCGUCUCUCCUAACUGUCACUAACAGAAAAUGGUGGUUCUUCUCCUACCCAAUCUGGGGUGCCAAAUGUAAUAGAGGAGAUGAGUGGAAGGAGGGAGAGGAGAGAGGGGAAAGAAGGCUGAAAGGAUUGGGUUUUUCCUCUAUUACUUAUGGAAGAGGUGAGAAGGACUUCUUCACAGAAGUGGACCAGGAUUAAGCUCCUCAGCUGGUUCUUCAGUCUGCCUUUGGUUUCAGGGAGAAGCCACAUAUCCAACAUGAUGAUUGUCAAUCACACAAUCUUCCAUCCUGCUGUGUUUGUUCUGCUUGGCAUCCCAGGCCUAGAGAGGUACCACAAGUGGCUUUCCAUUCCCCUAUGCUUUAUGUAUACAACUGCAGUGUUGGGGAACAGUGUCCUGAUUCUGGUCAUUGUCACUGAGCGCAGCCUCCAUGAACCCAUGUACAUGUUUCUCUCCAUGUUGGCUAGCACUGACAUUCUACUCUCCACUACUACUGUACCCAAAGCCUUGGCCAUCUUCUGGUUUUGUGCCCGGGACAUCACCUUUGAUGCUUGUGUGACCCAAGUCUUCUUUGUCCACCUGAUGUUUGUGGGAGAAUCCGCCAUCUUGUUGGCCAUGGCAUUUGAUCGAUUUGUAGCUAUUUGUGACCCACUGAGAUAUUCAGUGAUUUUGACAUUGCCUGUUGUGGGGAGAAUGGCUUUAGCCAUUGUUGUUCGGAGCUUCUGCAUCAUGUUCCCUGUCAUUUUCCUGGUAAGGAGAUUACCCUUCUGUAGGACCAAUGUGAUUCCCCAUUCAUACUGUGAGCACAUUGGGGUGGCUCGACUGGCUUGUGCUGACAUCACUGUCAAUAUAUGGUAUGGCUUCUCUGUACCCAUGGUUAUAGUGAUCACUGAUGUGGUGCUCAUUGCAGUGUCCUAUACCCUGAUCCUCCGUGCCAUCUUUCGGAUGCCCUCUCAGGAUGCUAGACACAAGGCCCUCAGUACCUGUGGCUCCCACUUUUUUGUAAUCCUCAUAUUUUACUUCCCAUGUUUCUUCAGUGUACUGACUCACCGUUUUGGACACAACAUUCCACGCCAUGCACACAUCCUAUUUGCAAACCUCUAUGUGGUGAUACCUCCCAUGCUCAACCCCAUUAUUUAUGGGGUGAAGACAAAGGAGAUCAGAGAAGCUGUGAACCACCUUUUCAUCAGAAUCAAGAAAUGACUUACCUUAUUCCCAGUAAGUUGAAGUAUCCUUGGUCACAUUGUUCAGCAGGAAUUUCCCCCCCUAAGAAGUCAAAUAUAAAAUGAAGCUCUUUGAUCUGGUGGUACCUUCCAAUAUGUACAUUUUCCUUUUAAUUCUUUUCAUUCUUCCAAGAGAAUAUUAAGAUUUCUUCUGCACAUAGUUUGCCUUAAUAAUUAUGGGAAACAAGUGAACAAAUGGAUUCCUUCCUUUCUAAAAUUAAGGUCUCUGUUCAUUUCCUGACUUUGAUGUUUUCCAAUUCAGUGACCCUAGACAAAUCAUUUAAAUCCUCUGAGUUUCUUUAUGUAUACAAUUAAAAUAAGGAUACUUUUUUGGUAAGUGUCUUUAAAUUCUUAAUUGACAUUAAUAUUUAUUAUUGUGGAAUGAGAAAUUUGGAUUCCUGGGAUUUUCAGAAGUCUC